CAACCCUGGCUCCUUCACGUCCUCGUGCCGCUGGUCUCGUGGCUUUUGUCGAGCAGGGUGUGACUUCUUCCGCUGGUGGCCACGUAGGCGCGACAGAUUUUCGGGGACUUUCUUGCUGAACCAUGCCGGCCGUUGCUGUCGAUGCCCUUAACAAGUAUCUCGAGGACAAGAGCUACAUCGAAGGGUAUGUGCCUUCACAAGCAGAUGUGACCGUGUUCGAUGCUCUUGGAGGCACCUGCCCUCAAGCAGACAAGUUCCCAUACGCCCACCGUUGGUUCAAACACAUUAAGAGCUACAACAGUGGCGAGAAGUCAAAGUUUCCUGGAGUCAAGAAGCCCCUGGAUAGCUUCCCUGGCUUGGCAGGCAGCGGCGGUGGAAGUGCCAAGGCGGAUCAGGAAGAUGAUGACAUCGACCUCUUCGGAUCUGAUGACGAGGAGGAUGCAGAGACCCAACGGAUCAAGGAAGAACGUUUGAAGGCCUAUGCUGAUAAGAAAUCCAAGAAACCUGGGGUGAUUGCAAAAUCAAGUGUUGUGCUUGAAGUCAAACCAUGGGAUGAUGAAACUGACAUGAAAGAGCUGGAGAAAUGUGUACGAUCUGUCCAAUGUGAAGGACUGAUCUGGGGUGCUUCAAAACUUGUGCCAGUCGGGUAUGGUAUCAACAAGCUGCAGAUCAUGUGCGUCAUAGAAGACGAGAAGGUCUCAGUUGACUGGAUGCAGGAAACAAUUCAGGAGUUUGAAGACUUUGUCCAAUCAGUUGAUAUUGCUUCCUUCAAUAAAAUAUGAAUGGCCUAUUACAGCAAGAAAUAAACACAGACUGCUCAGA